AGCAAAACAUCCCAAACAAAGCGAGCGUGUGUAGAGCAAUGAGCCACGUUAUAACACAAGUCGCGCGAAAAUCGGCAUUGAUACACACGCUCUCGUCAUGCAGGAAGAGAGAUCGCUCGAGAGGUUUGCAAUUAAUGGUUAAAACAUUUUUUCAUCCACCAAAUACAUACAUAAACGAAGGCGCGGCUCACACGCCGGAUACAUUAAUUAGACGCAACUUAAGUUCCUUAAGCCAAUAGAGUGAAUUAUCAAUCACGUGUUCAUAUUUUUUCUUCGACGCAUCCCACCGCUUACAUCCAUGAAAAACCAAAAAGAGCCGGUUGGAAUUUAUUGUUUAGACAAGCUUACAGUAUGCACAUGUUUGCAAUUAUAUCAUCGACGACAAUAAGUUUCGCGAUCGGCAUUUUCCUUUUCGUUUGUUUUGCGCAACAAAGCUCGACGGCGACGGCGCAACAGCUCAUGGGCAUCGAAGAAAAGUGCAACAUCGAGGGUCAGCCGAUAAGUGUCAAUGAUAUACCGGGCAUGAGGUGCUUCGAUUGUACCUGCAAGAACGGAUACGUCGUGUGUCAGAAACAUCAGUGCGAAGACAUCGAGGGCUGCUACGUUUUGCAUCAGGUCAACAAAAACGACUGCUGUGCGCCUUGCAAAGGUUGCACGAGAAACGGAAUUCAUCAUCCGUCCGAGAGUUCGUGGACGGAACCUGGUGAUCCCUGUCGAACGUUUUCUUGUAAAGCUGGGGUAAUUACGGAAUCGCGCAUCGAAUGUUAUACGCCUUGUACAGAGUCUUUGGCACCGGAAGUUGGACAAUGUUGCCCAAAGUGUCCAGCCAAGGGCUGCGAACUGCAAGAUCAAAUAAUCGACACGAAUACUCACCUUGUGACAAUAGACGAUCCAUGCGUUACUUGUAGCUGUUCAAUGGAAAAUAUCAACUGCACCAAAAGAGUGUGUCCAGUUCUCAACUGUCCAUCGUCGAAAAUUGUUCAUGACCGCGACGAGUGUUGUCCACGCUGCCUCGGUAGUGGCAAAUACUUGGAUCCACCGAACGGCGACUGCUUGCUCGACAUGCAGGUUUAUCGCAACGGCAGCCAUUUCAAAUUGGACGAUUGCACCGAUUGUCGCUGCACCGAUACGGUCCUGCACUGCUCCAAGCGGAGCUGUCCCGUUCUUCGAUGCAAGCGCGAGCAUCAGACGACAACGCCUGGCUACUGCUGUCCACAAUGUAAAUACGGCACGGAGAUGAAUCUGAGACCAAAGCCAAAUAGAGUGAGGGUCGGUACGACGACAACGACUACGCCGAGCUCGAAUCCCAAUAAACAAUUUAGCGAUCCUCAUGGAAUCGAUCAAAGUUCGAAUCAACAUACGAAUAAGCUCAAAGAUACGAAAGUUGUCGAGUCGGAGGAUUACUACGACGAUUACGUAGAAUCUCAAAACGAAUACGAAGAUUAUGCAAAGCCAUUAGCUCCGUCGAGUUCAAAGAGAAAAGCGAAUUGCGUCGUCGAUGCCACUGUACACAAGAGCGGCCAAGUAUGGAAUACAACAGCGUGCCAAACCUGCAAGUGCUACGAUGGAAAAAUCGAUUGCAAGCCGCUGAUGUGUCCAGCCGUGACUUGCCCGAAAAACAAGCAAUUGCGAAUUCCCCCCGACCAGUGCUGUCCAGUCUGCUCGAGCGCGCGAGAGCCUCAAUCCGGCCAGCAAGAGCAGGCGCGCACCUGCACCGUCUUCGGAGGCUCGCACUUUCGCAGCUUCGAUGGCAAGAUGUACUCGUUCAUCGGGUCCUGCAAGUAUCAACUGGUCGGUGAUUGCGACGCCGGUACCUUCAGCAUCCGCCUGAAGAAUUCCGUCGUUGGCAACGACGCCAGCAUGAAGAGAAUAUCCCUGCGAUUGGCCGGCGCCAGGAUAGAUCUGCAGAAUAAUCGCAAUACCAAAGUCAACGAUCGAAUCGUCGAUUUACCCUACAAGUUGGGCAAAAAAUUGGAUAUACACGAGACGAGCGACCACAUAGUCAUCGUUAAUUCGAAUAUCGGUGUCAAGGUUCUCUGGGACUACGUCGGCUUUCUCGAAAUCACGGCCAGCAAGGAUUAUCGCAAAAAACUCUGCGGCCUGUGCGGCAACUACAAUUCUGUACCUGACGAUGACUUGACAACUCGGGAAGGUAUCCUGGUCGACGAUCCGGCCACUUUCGCACAGUCCUGGUCGACCGAUGACGUGUGCCACGAAACGCGAAAUUACGGCAUACGCGGCUGCGAUCCCAAAAAAGACCACAGGUUGUGCAAUUAUAUCAAAGGACCGGCAUUCGAGAAGUGCAGCAAAAGGAUCAACGUCGCGCCCUACUACGAGGCGUGUCUCAGAGAUAUGUGCCAGUGUCAGACUGACGACUUGCUCUGCCACUGCGAGUCGUUCGCUAAUUACGCGCGAGACUGUAGGCGACUGGAUAUUUUGCUACCGAAGUGGCGAAAAUCUGUCGGUUGUCUCGCUUAAAAUUGCGAGCGAGCAUAGAGUUCGUUGAAUAAUGUCUGUAUUCAAUACUGCUCCAACGAUAAUGUUAAGUUUCAAUUAUUACAUUUUUGUUAACGUAUUAAUUAAGAAAGAUAAUAAUUUAUCUGAAUCUCAUCGAAAAUAAUUUGCCUAAAAUUUCUUAUCAAUUUUUAAUACAUUCAUUUCUUUCGAUAGUUACUAAUUAUCGUCGUGUAAGAUAUGGCUCAAAAAAUUAAAUUCAGAAAGGGUACAAGUCAACCAUGAA